AUGGUAGAACGCCUACCAGGAGUAGCUCCCGCAAUCCAAAGGAGCAACCCUGAUUCCUACGCGGAUACCCCUUUUGCGGAAGAGAUUGCCUCGGUUGAGAUGCCUAGAAAGUUCUCCUUCCCCAGCAUCAAGAUGUAUGACGGUACUGGCGACCCCGACGAUCACAUCGCGCAGUACAAGCAAAGGAUGUUGGCGGUUGCACUCCCUAAGGAGUCCCGCGAAGCCACGAUGUGCAAAGGGUUCGGUUCCACUCUGAUCGGACCUGCCUUGCAAUGGUACAUCAAUCUCCCAACCAGCUCCAUAUUUUCCUUCGCAGUCCUGUGCGAUAAAUUCGGGGAGCAAUUCACAAGCAGUAGGAGCCUGGAGAAGACUUCAGAUGGUCUCUACGAGAUCCUCCAGCAUCGAGUGGAACCCCUGCGAGACUACAUAGCCCGCUUCAACCAGGAGAAAGUGGCGGUCCCCGAAUGCAGCAUCCCUACUGCUAUCUCUGCCUUCAAGAGAUGCCUACUUCCAGAUUGGGGGCUAUACAAAGAGCUGACCAUGUAUCCUUGCAAGACCAUGGAAGAUGUGUUGUCCCGAGCCUGGGCGCAGGUGAAGUGGGAGGAAGAUGUUGCUAGCCGCGCCAAGGCUCAGCCAAAGCAGGACCAAAGGUCAGCCCGAUCAGAUCGAGGAGACCGAGAUGAAAGAUCCUCCCAAAGGAGAUCCAAGGACUCUGGUAGUAGAGACAGGGGCAGGUUCCAGUACCGGCCGCAAGAGAAGGAAGAAGGGAUGUCGGUAUCUACCUGGCCCGAAAUCUCCCAUCUCUCAAUAUCAACACCAGAGCUAGUCAACGCACUGAGACAGAUGGGCCAACAGGGGCAUCUCCGAGAAUUCCUCUUAGAGAAAGCCAAGGCCCACCUCAGCAAAGAGACAGCAGGGAAAUCCAAAGUAGCUGCACCAGCCUCACUACCUCGCCAAGAUCAGGUGAUCCAUGUCAUAUCCGGAGGCUCAGAAGUAAGCGGAGUAAGCAACACAGCCGCAAAGAAAAGCACCCGUAACGCUAAGCAUGGUUUGGGAACGACCCAACUGAAGCGCCUACUUCUAGGCACCGACGAGAUAAGCUUCACAGCUAAGGAGCAAGAGAAGAUCCUGGCUCCCCACCAUGAUGCUCUAGUUAUCUCUCUCACCGUAGCAAACUGCUUGGUGAAAAGAAUACUAGUAGACAAUGGCAGCUCCAGUAAAAUCAUCUUCCAGACGGCGUACCAAGAUCUAGGGCUGGAGGAGAGCACCCUGACGCGUAAGGUAACCCCACUCAUCGGGUUCAGCGGCGAGGUGAAGCAAACCGCCGGAGAGGUUAUCCUCCCAGUAUACGUUGAAGGGGUCAACAUGUCUACCAAAUUCCUGGUCGUAGAUUGCCAAUCGGCAUAUAACAUGAUCUUGGGACGACCCUGGAUUCAUGACAUGGGAGCAGUCCCUUCAACCCUUCAUGAGAUGGUGAAGUUCCCUACACCCUGGGGCAUCAGAAUAAUUAGGGGAGACCAGGAGAAUUCUCGAUCCUGCUACCAGACCACCCUGAAGGGGAAGACCAAGGACCUUCGUCCCCCGCCUCACAUAAACAAAAUCACCGAGAACUUUAUCAGAUAUCAGCCAGUGGUCUCGCGGAUAAACAAGUGGGGCACGAGUACUCCAAGGAGACCUCCUCAGAGGGUACAUCGGGCGGAUCUGGAGCAAAGGGCGCGUCGCAGACACAGGAUCGAGACACUUAGCCAGGCAGGAGACCUCCGAACCUGGUCGCUCCAGUGGAUGAAUGUGACUACACGUUUCAUGGAAGUGCUGAAAACCUUCAUCAACAGGAGACAGUGGUCCCCGAACACUAAGGGCCGGGGCAUGAAACGAGGCUCGACCGCGGUUCCUAGACGCAAGAAAGAGGCAGAACCCUGCAGAAGAAGGAGGAACCCUCUAGCAAGGACGCUCGUCCCAAAAGCAAGUCAAACGCUGCAGAUCACCUAG